GUAUCUGUCAUGAACCAGCCUGGUUCAAGGCCAGAACAACAGCCGAAGCGGGGUGGAAGUAAUUAUAGGUAGGCAGGGAUCAGUAACAGCGGACAGUGGGGGAAACCUUUCUGUCCACUUUUACGACCUGACAGGGCGCCGUGACUUAGGAGGGGAGCGAGAACUAGAGCCGGGGGUGGCAGAUGCCGUAGGUACGGGAAUAGCGCGGUAGGCAGUAGUAGCGUUAGUACUAGAGCGAUAGCGUUAGGUACAGGUAGAUUAGGUGACGAGUAGUCACGUGUUCGAUUAGUAUAUAGUUAGAGGUAGAUGGUUAGUCGGGGCUUUUUCCCAAAAUACCAGCAGAGACUACCGUCUCUGAGCGUCGUAUCAACUGUAGGCAGCAAGUCUGUAGGGAGGCCCGUUCUACCGAACGUAUCGCGCUACUUGCUGGCACUUACAGUCUGGAAUCGUGAGAGUGAGAAAGGGGUCUCCGUCCUCGCAGACGUCAAGAAGGAGGUACACCGUCAGAACCGGCUACAGCAACUCUGCCACCCGUUGUCUGGGGUAACCGCCGGGAGUAGUGAUUGUUGUUCCUGUGUACCUCUGGGGUCUUGGACGUCUGGAGCCGGUGCCGGACCACUGUCGCCUGAAAUCGUCGCCGCAUCUGCAUCCGUUGCCUGGGGCAACCAGAGGAGCAGUAAUGCCAGUGAGCUAGGGACAGUGCGUCAGGAAACUCACUUCCGAGUAUCGUCACUGCACCCAUUGCCUGGGGCAACUGUGGUGGGACAGUGACAAGAAGUCGCCUAGAAGACCAGGUGCAUGCAGGCAGCUGCACCUAUCUUCAGGAAGCAACGCCGUUCAGUCAGAAGGCAUCUCUACUCAGAGCAUCGUCGCUGCACCCAUUGCCUGGGGGCAACUGUGGUGGGACAGUGGCAAGAAUCGUCUACAUAACAGGGUGCAUGCAGCCAGCUGCACUCAUCUUUAAGAAACGAAGGGCAGAUAACCAAGUGGUACCCCAGUACCAAGGUUGUCCUGUGAGAGAACUGUCCAGAGACUGGUGAAGUGUUCGUCGGGGGUGGUUUUGGACGACUAGAAGGAAAGUGUAAUUUAUCUAUCUCAUUUACAUUCUUUACUUUCUUAGAUUUUGUGACCUGAUAAUAGUGUAUUUGGAGACUUGUAUUACGUCUCGUACGUCAACCUAAUUUGCUUGUUAAUUUCUUUGUAAUUAUAAUUUGUUGUUGUGCAACUGUCUUGUCAGUUGUGUGUUUUGCGCACGCGAGGAGAGCGACUGUCAGUCGGUGAGCGUGCGGACGUGUGGAACGGACGGGUGUCUGAGUGUAAGGGUGAAAGCGGGCGAAGCGAGCCAGCCAGAGGACCCCUUUCCCCUAAGGGCGAGUGAGGCCCAUCCCUCCACAGACGCGCCCAUCCCCCGUUCCAUCACAAAUGGGGGCUCGAGCCGGGAUCUGAAUGUUUAGGUUGACCAUUUGUUUUCAGGUCCAAAGAAGAGGUCGAAAGUGCGAGUGUUGUCUUUCGUCCUAUGUCGUAUCACUCUUUAUACAUGACAUGUUGUUGAACCUAGGAUUCUGUGUGUAUUGAUGUAUUUUACUACGCUAGCUAACUUGUGUGACUAUCAGAAUUGCUUAAUUAAUUGCUGAUUUGACAUCAAUGCGCAUCGAUUGUAAACAGGUUGCAAGUGGCCAGCAAGUAGCUGAAGCAGAAUAAGUGAUCAUGGUAGCUGUAGGGUCUCUAGAGUUAGUUACGAUGGAUAAGAAAUUCUGUCUAACACGCAGUGAAAAGAGAAAGGAGUUGAAAGAAGCCGGAGUAGAGCGUGGGCUAGUAGGAAAAGAUUUAUGGCAGUAUAUAGACAGAGAGUUGGACAAAUGGUGGGAAGAAAAAAAAGAGGAGAGAGAUCGAGUCGAGCGCGAGCGAGAAAGAGAGUAUGCUGAACGCGAGAGAGAGUACGCUGAACGCGAGAGAGAGUACGUUGAACGCGAGAAAGAACGGGAGAGGAGGAGAGCUGAGCGCGAGAGAGUGUACGCUGAACGCGAGAAAGAACGCGAGAGGAGGAGAGCUGAGCGCGAGAGACAGCUAGAAGAACGCGAGAAAGAGCUAGUAAUGCGCCAGUUUAUAGAGAUGUUAGAAGAAAUCUGCGAAGAGAAAGGUAAAACUGAGGAAGAGUCACGAAAGUUUAUAGAGUACAAUUUAAAGGGCUGCCGCUGGGGAACGAUAGCCGAAGAGAGAGAGGAAAAGGCUAGAGUAAAGGAGGUAGAGAGAGUUGCACGCGAACGCGCGCGCGAGCGGGUCAAAAGCCAGAAGGCUAAAAAGGAAAAGAAAGAGCGAACCAAGCGCGAGAAAGAGCAAGAAUUCCUGCGAGAGGUGUGCCGGUUAGGCGGGGUCAGCUUAGAUGACAGUGAUCCGGCCGAGGCAGGUAAUUACAGGUCAGAGCGCGGAGUGGCGCCCGCUGUUGGCUGUUCUAGGUGUGGGGGUGCAGGGCAUGACCCGAGGUCUUGCCCCCAACAGUCCGACAGGCUGAGGAGAUCUGUAGGUGUGAAGUGUUACAGCUGCGGGGUGGUAGGGCACUAUUCGCGCAGUUGUCCCCGUGGUUAUGAGUUGCGUAAGGCUGUAACCCCGAGGGGGGAGAAGCUAGCUAGCGAGGUAGAUGCUAGCAACGCAUACGCUAGUGAUAGGAGUGCUACCGAUGUACAGGUUAGCGACGUAGGGCCUGGCGAUGCGGUGACCAGCGGCGCGUAUACUAGUGGUAGAAAAGCUGCUGAUGUUAAGGUUAACGAAGUGAAUCCUAGCAAGGAAGAGGCUAGAAGAGUAGAAACUGGCGAGCAGGCCAGCGGGAGGAGGGGUUUUCCAAGGUGUGGAGACUACCCGUGA